AAGAAGCCGAGGAGAUUCAGCGACAGGUCCUAGAACUUCGAACUGAGGUUCUAGGACCACAGCAUCCCGAUACGAUCGUCGCAAUGAACAACCUUGCAUCGACACUCGGUGACCGUGGUCAACUAGAAGAAGCUGAGAAGAUUCAGCAACAGGUCAUAGAACUUCGAACUGAGGAACUAGGACCAUGGCAUCCCGAUACGAUCAUUGCAAUGAACAACCUCGCAUUGACACUCGGUGACCGUGGUCAACUAGAAGAAGCUGAGAAGAUUCAGCGACAGGUCGUAAAACUUCGAACUGAGGUUCUAGGACCACGGCAUCCCCGUACAAUCCUCACAAUGAACAACCUUGCAUUGACACUCCGCGGCCGUGGUCAACUAGAAGAAGCCGAGAAGAUUCAGCGACAG